AUGCGGACCACAAUAUUUGCGGGGCCGGAGUGUGUCGCCGUAAUAGCGGCCGAAGGAGGUUUAGACGAUCCCGAAAGAAUGCGAAGGGACAAAUUUCGUCAUUACCUAGGCCGGUAUAAAGUAGCAUUCAGUAAGUCAUCGCUAGCGGAGGUUACAGAUACCUAUGCAACUCUGCACAAAGUUCGAGAAAAAUGGUUUCUACUACAGAACUACAGAAACAUUUCAGGAAAAUACUCCUACAUCCUCAGAUCUUCUUCAGCGAAUAAUUAUCACGUUCCUUAUGCACUCGCACACUCUCAGAUCUCCUUGUCAUAUCGGGGACUGCCCGACUUCAUCCUCCUCACACCAAUCAAAGUCGACAAGCAUCGCAUGCCAGACCUCACGUAUGACGACGUUCUUACCUUGGAGGUCUCCGUGAACGAGGUCCGCGCGUUGCAGUACCUCCACAGCCGCCUCAACGUCCGCGCGCGGGCAUCAGGCGUGAGUGCCAAGGGUUCUUACUGCGUGGAGGAGCCUGAGCGCCAGGCGGCCAGCGACAAGCAGGCGGUGCGCGGCAGGCGAGACAUGAGAGCACGCCAACACUCGAGCGGACAGCGAAACGCUCCUCAACAUGACAUGAGUCUUGAACUCAUCAAUGGCCUGCAGGAGUCGCUGCCAAGCACCUAG